AUGUCCUCAGGAUCGCCCUCCCCCCCACUCCCUCUUAGGGUCAACACAGAAUACCCAGUCUUCGACGACGAUGACGCCCUCGACUCUGAAGAAUCCUCUAAACCCAGCACCCCCACUUCCAUCUCCGGUUUUAAACGUCGUGCGUCGUCCUCUGCCUCCCGUCUCAAGAACGUCGCGACCCGCUUCAAAGCCCGCGUCUCCGAGUCCCGUCGUCGUCUAUCCUCCAGCGGCCGCCAAGAGGAUCGCGUGGUCAAAAUAGGGGACACGAUCAUGCGUAAGCACCGCGUCUUACCGUCCGAAGUCGCGGCAAUGCAGUACGUCGCUCGUCACACGACCAUCCCCGUGCCGAAAGUGCUCGAGGUAACGCAAUCGGAGUUCGCGGGCGGGUUGGGGAUGACGUUGGAUAUGGAAUAUGUGGACGGGUACGAGAUGCAGUACGCGCCUGAGAAGGAUUGGCCGGGCUUGUUGGAGGAGUUGAAGGGGUAUGUGAGGCAGAUGAGGAGUCUUGAGCCGCCGAGACCUGGGAGGGUCGAGUCGAUCGAUGGGUCGAGGAUGAGGGACGUUGGAAUUAGUUCCAACAAGGCUAUAGGUCCCUUCGAUUCCAUACACGCCUUUCACGAUCAUCUUGGCUUUGGCCAAGCCCGCGCUGUCGAAUCCCGUCGCAAUGACUGGCCACUCCUCGACAAGAUCAUCCAUCGUGCGCACCAGGGAGGGUAUAGGACCGUGUUUACCCAUGGAGAUAUCGCGCCGAGGAACGUGUUGGUGAAGAGUGGGAAGAUAGUCGCCCUCAUCGACUGGGAGAAUGCGGGCUGGUGUCCGGAGUGGUGGGAGGCUAUUGGCUGGAAUAGGGGCAUUUACAACGAGUUGCCUGAGAGCUGGCUGGAGGCGAGGAAUGAGGUGGUCGGAUCGUAUCCGGAGGAGUUGGCCGGGUAUGCUGCUGUGUGUAGGGUGUUCCCGAAGUAUUGA